CCAAGGACGUGCCAUCCACAAAUGGCCUGGAGCAACCACAGCAUCAUCUCAGAGUUCAUUCUCACUGGGCUCUCUGACGACCCUCUAAUCCAGGCUCUAUUUUUCGCGUUGUUCCUGGGGGUUUACAUCCUCACCAUGACCGGGAACCUGACGCUGCUGGUGGUGAUCACGGCUGACUCCCACCUCCACACUCCCAUGUACUUUUUCUUGAGCAACCUGUCGUUCCUGGAUCUCUGCUUCUCAUCCGUCACGGUACCGAAGCUGCUGAAGGAUCUCCUGUCUGCGAAGAAAAGCAUCUCUGUAGAGGGCUGCCUGGCUCAGGUCUUCUUCGUGUUCAUCACUGCGGGAACUGAAGCCUUUCUUCUGUCCAUGAUGGCGUAUGACCGCUACGCUGCUGUGUGCCACCCACUGCUCUAUGGGCAGAUGAUGACCAGCGAACUCUGUCUGAAGCUGGUUCUGCUCUCAUGGGGCCUGGCCUCUCUCAGUUCAGUAGUCAUUGUGCUCUUGGCUGUGAACCUGGACUUCUGCGAGGCCUACACCAUACACCACUACACGUGUGAGCUACCCUCUCUCUUUCCUCUGUCUUGCUCUGAUAUCUCUGUCAACGUCGACAUCUUGAUCUGCUCCACCUUGCUGCAUGGGCUGGGAACCUUUCUCCCAAUCUUCUUUUCUUAUGCCCGCAUUGUAUCCACCGUGCUGAGCAUGAAAUCCACCACGGGGAGAAGCAAGGCGUUUAACACCUGCUCUUCUCACCUCAUAGCCGUGGUCUUGUUUUUUGGGUCGGGCUUGGUUCGUUAUCUUAUGCCCACGUCUGGCUCUACUCUCGAUUUGCUCUCUUCUUUGCAGUACAGUGCAGUCACACCCAUGCUGAAUCCCCUCAUCUAUAGCCUGAAGAACCAGGAGGUAAAGGCGGCUGUGAAAAGGACAUUAGGGAAGUGCCUGCGAUACUUGGAGUGACAGCAAAGGCCCGGAAUGGCAGGAAGACUCAACGUGGUCGAGCGUUUUAGACCACUGACGUAAAAGGAGGCCUAUGCCACUCUUCCUG